GCAGAUUGGCAUUGCGAUUCAACAAUCCGCUCAGCAUGCCAUCAUGAAUCUCUCACACAUGAAUCAUAAUUAAUACGCGCCAUAAUAACCACAACAAAACAAACUCAAAUGGGGGGAUUACCUCAUUCGGUAAUCAGCAUCUAGUAUCAUUUCUAGCAUUCACUGCUGAUAUAGAGCGCGCGUAGAAUUCCAAUCCCCAUUCUAAGCGUUGCUAUUUGCUCAGUUCAAGAUGAGUAUCUCCAAGGGUUGCAUCGCUCUGCUGAUUACCGGCUGCGUUUUCUUUGCAUUGCUAAAUACUAGUGUCGCGCAGUUGUCUAACCCCCAGAUAGUGAAACCGAAAUGUGGAAAGCGUUUGGUGGAACCACUGCAGCCUCAAGAAACUUCCAAUGGAAAGCGUCCCAAAAUCGAGCAGUGGCCAUGGGUCGGGACGCUGUUCAUUCGAUACGGAAAUGAUGAACCCGUGUUUGCGUGCGUGGUGACAAUUUUGAACGAUCGUUUCGUGUUGACUGCUGGCUACUGUCUUACUUCCGGAAGGGCCAAAGUGACUCCGCCGGAUCUGAUGGUUCGUCUUCGAAUGGACAGCUUUGACCGAAAGGAGCAAAAAUCGAUUCAUGAGUUCGAUGUAGGCGAAUUCUACCUUAGCAAUGCGACAGACUCGUUGGCGGCGCUUGCACUGCUGAUGCUUUCUAGUGAAAUCAACCUGAACGUCUUUGCUCGACCGAUUUGUCUGUGGGAUCGUGAUGAGGGAGUGGUUGGAAGAAAUGGAACUCUCCUCGGGUGGAAGUCAAAUCUGUUCGGCGGGAUGGAGCAAAAUAUGAGGGAGCUAAAUGUAGCAGUGGUUCCAAGUGAUAUGUGUCCCAUGCUGCCACAGUUUAUGGUUGGGAAGAUGUGCACCAAAGUGUUAGGUGAACUGACUUUCGGGCAUGGGGAUGGGGGUGGUGGAUUGUAUUUGGAAGAAGAAGGUGUUUGGUAUGUGAGAGGCAUUAUCGUUAAGUUUGAUGUUAUAGGUUUAGAACAGCAAUACUUGUCAUUUAUUGAUAUUUCUUCUCAAUUGAAAUGGAUAAAGCAAAUAAUAGAGUAGAGAAAAAAUUGUAAUGACUUCGACUUGAUUUGAUGACACAAUUGCGCCUCUAGAUUGUAUCUGUACAGUAGGAUACAGUAAAAUUGAUGAAUUGUGGUAGUACAAAAUUGAUCAAGAACAGCGCUUUUAAGGUACAAUAUAGAACAAAGCCAUGCCAAAUCUGAGAACAAAUCUGGAGAAAUGUUAUCAAAGGAAUACAAGGGGUCCAAAGGUAUACUCAAAGGAUUGUUUAGAGCUCCCAAGAAGUUAGAAAAUGGAUUCCAUGAGUUUCUAAAUCCUUCAAAGCUACCUUAAUGAAUGCAUUUAACAUAUCUUAUUGAAUUCUUCGAAAUCUAAAUCUAAUCUAAAUUUCUAAUACCUGAUGAAAUUGAAAACUGCUUCAUGCUUCCCUUGACAAGAGUUUAA